UUUCAGUUCCAGCCCCCAGCCCAUAAAUACUAUCACCAAGCUACUGAAAAAUGGAUAUGCCCCAUUUCUGUCUCUGACCAGCAGAUGGCCACCAAUGAAUGAGUCCAGUGAGACAGUACCAGGACCUGGACAUUAUGACUCCUCUCCUGUCAAGCCAAAUGUCCACGGUGGCUGCAGUCUUCAGAACCGCUCCAAGCGCUUUGAGGAGGUGGUAUCAAAGGUCCCGGGUCCAGGGGCCUACAAUGUGCUGCAUGCCUCAGGAAAUGCACUCAGGGCUGGGACGUCUAAUGCAGGACAGGCCCAGAAGCUUGGCAGAAAUAUGUGGCUGCAAGCCAAAAGUCUGCGACUGGUUCGUCCGUCCAUUCCAUCCAUUCCUUCCCCAGGCCAGGCCUAUGGCUAUGAAGAGGAUGCCCAGGGUGUACUUAGCAAGAAGCAGCCCCUUCCCAGGGACACAACCCUUGGGCCAGCCUACUACAGUCCACUGCUGUCAGAGAUGAGUUCUGCAGAGAAGUAUAAAGGAGUCCACUUUGGCAACAUGACAGGGGUGAGAGGAGAGCUGAAAGUGGAUGAGGGACCAGGUCCAGGAUAUUAUUACCCAGAGAUAAACAUAAAAACGGAGUAUGUGAAUGUGAACCUUCAAACGGAGCAGAAAGGCAGAGCCGAGCUCAUCAUCCCCCGCUAUCAUGAACUGGUGCCAAUGCAAGAGGAAAAGAAGGGAGUUCCUGGCCCGGGCCAGUACCACAUCAGAGGGCAGUUUGAGACGCCUGAGAAGUCCUGUGGUAAUCAUCCAAAGUUGCCUGGCUCCUUCCUCUCUAAGACUGAGAGGUUUAGCCCAGUGAAAGAAGUGUCGCCCCCUGUUGGUGCGUAUACUGACCCUCGCUGUGCCUUGGAGCUGCUAAAGAAGACCACAGGGGUGAAGAAAAGCCCAUUUGGCAUCUCUGCAGCGCGCUUCAAUCCUCAUCACGAAACACACUCCACACCAGGUCCAGGGUCCUACAAUGUCUUCGAGCAGGGUUUAGCCUGUGAGAGUUUCAAAAGAGCAUUUUUGGACAGAAACAGGAAGGGAGGCUUUGGCUCGACGGCUCAGCGCAACCCCUUCUUCAGAAACAAGGAAUCAAUAGAUGCCCCAGAUCCAGGGCAGUAUGAGACAGAAAAGAAGACAGAGGAAAACUACAAACAGCAGCAGACCGCAGUUUUCAGAUCAACCACAGAACGUUUCACUCCAUCACAACCAGCUCAAGAUUCUCCUCCACCAAACUCUUACAACGUGAGGCAGGCGUUUGAGAAUGCUAACAGCCGCUCUUACCAGCAACCCCGCAGUGAAGGAGCGAAAAGACGUCAGAGCUGCUUCCUCUCUGCUGCACCACGUAAUAACCUCCUCCUGCAAUAUGACUCCAGUGUGCCAGGUCCUGGACAGUACAACCCCAGUGUGAAAUCCUGCCCUCAAAUGACUCUGAUCUCCAAAGAAGAUCGAUUCAAAGUCUCCACGAACACCAACCCAGGGCCUGGAGCUUAUCAGCUGAGUCCAGGUCUCAUGAACACUGUGCUGAAGGGCACCUUUAAUGCGACGCUCAACAACCCUUUGGGCCCCUGCUGCUCCCCCGAUGUGGCCCCUGGCUCCUUAAUGGCCCACAGAACUCUUAACGCCAUCCCACCUAACAUCCUCUACACCCGCACUUCUUAGAUCUCUGCGAGGGUCAAAGUUUAGAGGUGAAAGGUCGCAGGAUGAAGAAAGCUUUUAUACUUUGUGGCGAAGUGAAA